UCAUCUGUGGUUCACACAGACUGCACAGAGUACUCCUAAGUAUAAAACUUUGAUCGCGAAAUUUUAAAAUUGAAACUACAAAUGCGAAGUGAAAUGGCAUCUAAAAAUCUUGGAUCAUCAAAAUUUGUCGCAGUGUAUCGUCUAGAUUUCUACAAAAACAAGGAAAAAUGGAAAUUAUCUGACCAAAAGAGAACUGAAAGUAAUAAAAAAACCACACUAAACAUAACAUUUGAUAUGGAACAAAGAGAUAAUUUAAAUGAUGCAUUUAUUGAGACCGGCUCUGAAUCGGAAAAGGUGUCUAAAGCAGAUUCAUCCCUCCGGCCAUCGAACCUGUCCCAACAAUGGCUGGAGAAUGUCAAUAUUUGGCCCGCUGACAUUCAAAAUACGCACAAGGCGUUAUUAAUGGGACAGGUAGAGGACGAUGAUAUGAUAUGUGAUGGAAAAGGGCAGAGCGAUGCUAAAUCACCGUUUACAUUGCAAGAAUUUAAGCCCACUACAAUGCCUGCAGCAUACCAAAAUCCAUGCGAAAUAGAAUACUGUGGUUUUGAUCAUGGUGAUAACUUGGAGUUUCGUGGUUAUAGGGGUACUGAAACGAGAAAUGUGUUUCCCGAAAUACAAUGGAUGGAUGUACAGGAAAUUGACUCUGGAGAUGCGAGUGAGUUACCAACAGAUGUGCUGCCUCUGAAUGAACAGUUUUUUGAGGAACAGAAAUUGUCAGUUUCCGUGGACAGCUACAGUGCUUUCUGCCGCGGGGCCGAUCUCAAUCCCCACUGCUCGGAGAUGGAGUUGCCACUUAAUGAUUCGAUGAAGGAACCAGAUGCAAAUACGAUUGCUCGCAUGUCGUCCACUGAACUGAACAACUCCAUACAAAUGCACGCCAGAGCCCUGUCCUUAUUGCUGAGAGAAAAUAACGAAAGACUGAAGUUACGCCAAUCCGGUGCCAAUGUGACCAACGAAGACGCGGAUGUCACCCGUGACCAUGCGGAGUUUGUGGCCGGGUCAUUCCGCAAUAGAGACUAUUGUGUCCACAUCGAAUACGGUCGACCCGUGAGACUUUUCCCAUGCACUUAAGUAUUUACAUCAAAAAAGUGAAAUUGUUUCAUUAUACCUUUUUUUUCAUCUAAAGUUAAUGUUAUCUCUGUCUUUCAUUACAUAUAAACAAGAGACAACAUUAUAUAUAUACUAUAAAAUGGGACGGUACAGUGUCGUUUCUUUCUUUCGUGUAAGAUCUUACGUAGUUUACUUUUUUGCUGACUGUUCACUUGUUCCUUCGUGAUUUCUGAACUAACACAUAUAAUACAUGGUUAACUUGUUAAUUUGUAUGCUGACUGAACAAUAAAUUAAGUCUGAUUUCUUUAUUUAAUUGACAAAAUUUAAUUUUGUAUAAUUCUUAAUAUCCACUUAACGACUUUACUUUGCUGACGGUACAUUGUAAACACGUUGCCAAAUUAAGUGUAAAGUCAAUUGUCAAAAUUCCUGCGAAAUGUGAGAAAUGUCAAGUUAAUUCCAAAGUUAGAAUAAGUUUUGAUUUUUAUAAAGUUUAUUUUGCAAA